AUGGCGUCCACAGAUGUAUUUUUCUUGUGUUACAGGUUUCAGUUGAUUGAAGACCUGUCCUAUGAAGAUGUGAAGAAAUGUUACCGGGGCUCGACUGUCAGCAAGUACAACUCGCAGUACCACAAACUGUUCCAGUGUGUGCCCAAGGACGAGAUCCUCAUGAAAGUGUACUCCUGUGCUCUUCUCAGAGAUAUUCUUCUACAGGGCCGGCUCUACAUUUCCAGAAACUGGCUGUGUUUCUAUGCCAACCUAUUCGGCAAGGACAUCAAGGUGGCUAUCCCUGUCGUUUCUGUGAGGCUGGUGAAGAAGCACAAAACAGCGGGCCUUGUCCCCAAUGGCUUGGCUAUCACCACAGACACCGGCCAGAAGUAUGUCUUUGUAUCUCUGCUAUCAAGAGACAGUGUAUAUGACGUCCUCCGUAGGAUCUGCACACACCUUCAGGUCAAUGGGAAGAGUCUGAGCUUGAAGCAGUUCAUGGAGGAGCCGAUCUUAUCGCUGGACGAGUUCUCAGUUCCAGACGAGUUCCCGGCGGUUGACGAAUUCCCAUCAGUGUUAAAGUGGAGAAGGAAACCCUCCGUGGUGUCUGUGUCGUCCUCCCUUCCUAACCUCCUGGGGAACUCCACCAGCAGCCUGAGUGCCGCAGACACACCCUUUAAAUCAGAACAACCGCUGGAAGAGCGAGCUCUGCAAACAGACAGAGGUCUUUUAUCAGAGCCACUGGCAGAACUGGGCCAGAUGGAGUACCAGCUGCUCAAGUUCUUCACCCUGCUUAUUAUUCUCCUCAUCCUGUCGUCCUGCUACCUGGCCUUCCGUGUGUGCAGUCUGGAGCAGCAGCUGUCCUUCCUGAGUAACCCAAAUCUGCCCCUGAGAGAGAGGUAACCACCGCUCUUAGCUGUGACACAUCGGAUUGCCGGCUUUUUUUCUCCUCUCAUGCUUUGAGCUGACGAUGCCCUCGUGCACAGAUCCAGCACCAGCAUUAGAGCCCAGAAGAGAUCAACCAACACGUACCGACAUGAAAGGAGCAACAUCAGCCCGAGCCCAGGCGUCUGACAGACCUUCCCCUCCGUCAAAUGACUUCCUAUCUAGUGAUCACUUCCAGACUAUGCAAACAGACUAUUUAUUUCUGAAUUUAAAGUAGGUUUUACUGUAGAUUAUGAUUGUCUACCAUUGCCUUUCCCUCUCACAGACAUUUCAUCUUUUACCACAUGACCCUGCAGCGUAAAUCUGUAAACAUUGAAAUAGCGAGCAGAUUGCAGUUGAAGCUGCCGUUUGUGACAGUGAAGGCGUUUAGGAGUGGUGGUUGAGACGAGAGGCGAGGACAGAAAGGUAAGAGAUAAUUCAACACAUUAAUUACUUGAAAAGACGGUUAGAAAAGACAUUUCAGGUGAGUUGUGGUGUUUAUAUCAAACAUUUUCUGACGGACGAGUUGACUAAACCAAAUGUUUGUUUGUCUUUCUGGUGAGGUCUUGCCAUAGCCCUCAGUCGACGGCUAAAACAAACUACAACAAAAUGCACUUUUUAAAAAAAUAUGUCCACAUUAUUUCAAAUGUAUGUAACAGUUUUAAGAGUUUAGAUCUAUGUUAUUCUUGAUAAUAGGUACUCGGUUGUCAUUUUUGAGGGUUCUUAUGGAAGGAAGUCAUGUUAUGAGCACAGAUACUUGACUGAUUGAAGUUACCUGUCAUUUAGCACCACUUGUUGGUGUUAUCUAUAAUGUGAAUGAGAUGGUUCGGCGACAUGCAUCAUUUCUGUUUUAGUUGUGAUAAUCUGCUGUAUGAAAGGAGUUCCCAGGAUGUUUUAUUUUUAUUUUAUACAUUUCAAUUGAAGUCACCAACGACUUAAAAUGGACAGAGUGAGGUUCAUGUGACUAUAUCUUUGUCUAAAGGUGUAUUCAAUGAUUUUGCAGACAUGGGUGGAAUGUUGUCCUGGACUAGUUUGUGAAAUCCUUAAGAAUUAAAUUGGCAAGAAAAUGUAGACAAAGAAAAA